CAAACGGUCGGUUCGAAAAGACGUAGUGCGAUCGCUCCGUGAUUAAUCGCGAAUUUUAUCCGUUAAUACUGCACAGUGAGAGCCAAUUUUUAUCGGGAGUGUUGAUUACAGUGACGAACGAUCAUCAGAGCGUAUUGGUUAUCGAGGAUUCUUGUGAUUAAGGCUAUUUCGUCAGUCAAUAGAACGUGACUUGAAACAGGUAUCGAUCUAGUGAGUACAAAUUCCGGUGACGUAGGCACGCGAAAAUGACCCUUAUGUCUCUCGAGACACUCGAGUUGCGAUGAGUGUACUUUUCGUUAGAUAUGAUAUAUUCGAGCUACGGCCCGAAAUUUAGAGAGCAUCGUAUUUGUCCCGUGAACAGAUAUCACUCCUGACAAAAAUUUGUCAGUAUUUCGCGUCGUGUGCGUAUAUGAGAUUGUAAUUGUCAAAUAAACGACAGUUCUGUCUAAUGAAUUCCGUGCGAUCGUAUAGUACCUAUGACUGCAGUACGCUGCGUCGGUAAAAUGUGAGCGCGAGAUAAUUUUGUCAAGCAAACGACAGUCUUGUCAGACGAAUUCCGUGCAACUGUAGUAUUACUCCUAUGAUAAUAUAUUGGUUAUAUUCACAUUGUUAUCGACAAUGCAUUUAAAUAUGUAACGACAUAUCGGUGCAACGAUUAAUUUUUUUUUAGCCAUUACUGCUUUAUGUUGCGAUCGGGAAAGUAUCAUAAGUAUUCUGAGGAAAGUCGAGUUGCACAUAAAAGAAAAGCACUCAAAGUAGUCAGCGACUUUUAGACACAAUUUAACUUUGGAUCAGUGUUCAAUUUAAUUUAACCGGAGUUUAACUAACCGUGUCUAAUAAAUGAAUUUGUUUUAUAUAAAACAAAGUUUUCUAUUGAAAAAUAUUAAUUAAAUUCUCGUUAAACGAAAUUGUGGAACUGGGCCUUAAUUAAAGAUUACAAUGGGCGUAUUCAGCAGAUUCAAUAAUUAAGUAGCAAUCAAACAUGAUUGGUUCUAACUUAUAGAACCAAUUAACAAAUCCAUAGGCAUUAUCAGCAGAAAAUUUAGUAAUGUUGCUCAAUUGUUGACUCUAUUGAAUAUAGCCAAUAACAUUGCACGUUUAUUACAUCUAACGAAAAAUGUGUCAAUGGGACAGAGGGAAUCUUCGCGUGUGAACAGUUGUGCGUUUCGCGUUUUGAACUUCGCGCGCUUCCGCGAGUCCCAUCGAUGGCGAGUCCGCUUCGUCGUUCGCCGCGUAGACGUGGGAUGGCGCUGCCAGUGUGACGCAAGCGCGAGAUGCACCUAACCUGCCGGAGGAGACGCAGCGCAGGCAGGCACGAGAGUACGCACAAGCGCAGUCGGAGCGGCCAAGUCGAACGUAGGGAACGUAGUGACCCGGCGUCUCGGCGAGUGAAGUGUCCGUUGAUUGCAGAGUGAUCCUGACGUUGCGGCCUGUGCCUUCUUGCGAGGAUCCUACGAGGACGUCACGUCGCGUACCGGACGGUUUAGCUGGACACCACCUGGUACCCCAGAAAGCAAGUGAGAUAAAGACAGGUGGCACGAGAAGGUAAGAAGCAAACAUGGGAGCGAGACAGAGCAAGAGGUCCGUGGACAUAACGACGACGCCGAAGAAGGAGGGAAUACCCGCCGAGGGUGGCGUCGUCGGCGACGUGGCCGCACCUGGUGACGGUAAGCUGGAGAGGAUCGAGGAGGCUGACACGAAGCCGACCACCAACGGCAUAGCACCGCACACGGACUCCGCCGAGGAUAAAGAAAAGGAUAAAGAUGAGGCUACCGAAAAGGACAAAGAACAGCCGCAGCAAGAAGAAGUAAAAGCCGAGGAGACGAAGCAAGAAUCGUCUGGAGACUCUCCUGCGGAGGUUGCGGAGGUCACGACGCCUACAGAGGCCAACCCUGCCAGUCCGAACACUGCCACUUCUCCAGACAAUAAGGAAACCAAAAAGAAGGAUAAGAAGAAAAAGUGGUCCUUCAGGUCGAUAAGCUUCAGCAAGAAGGACAAGACUAAGCCGAGCCGCGACGAAACGCCUAAGAAUGGAGACGUCACUAAGGAAGAGCCGCUCGCAGAGGGUGGCGAAGACGCGGAGAAUGCAACGGCCACUGCGAGCAGCCCGGAGGAGAAAUCAGCAGUAAGCAGUCCAUCGGCGGACGAGCAAGUAGUCGCGCCAGCAGCAGCCGAGCCGAAGGAAGAGGAUGCCGUAGCAUCGGCAGCAGCCGCUAGCCCGACCGAGGAAAAGAAAAAGGAACCUACUCUCUCCGCCCCUACUCCCGUCCCGUCUGUCGAGGAUAAGAAAGAGGAGGUCGAAAAAGUCGAGGUCGAGAAAAAAGUAGUCGAGGUCAGUCAGUCAGCUGGCGGUCACUCCGUAGCGGACCCGGUAGAGAUUCCCGUCUACCGAGUCCAGCUAGUCGCGACGCCGUCUAUCAUUGAGAGGAAAGCCAGUGAGGACCUCCCACCCCUGCCCCCGUCCAGUCCACCACCGACACCUAUAGACCCGUCACCCUUGCAGCAGGCACGGCAGGCCGCGGCGAACGCCACGGCCCUGGCUGAGGCGCUCAAGCUGCCUGCCGUGGCUGCUGCCGAGGAAUCGACGCUGGCACCACCGCCCAAAGUCGCGUACCCGUCGUCCAACAAGGAUAUUCUUUCCCAAGAGAGCCGCGAACCCACCAUCACCGCUAUCGCGUCUCCGAUAUCAUCAUUCAUUCCUUCUACCGAUGAUUUGCCCUCGACAGAAGUGACCUUUACCCUCGCGGAAGUAAAGUCUCUGCCGGUGGUAAAGUCCGAGAUUGAGACGUCUCAAGAUGUCGCGAAAAAGAUAGGGGAAACAUUAGAGAAUAGCCGUGAUAAAGAAGCCGGGAUCGAGCUAAAGGUAGAGGGCCACGUCGCAGAGAAGGAGAAGGAAGUAUUUAAGUGCCAGAAAAGUGAAGCAAAUAUAGCAAUGGAAACUUUGCCACUAGCUAUGGAGUGCGAUAAUAAAAACACACGAGGUAUAGAGGAAGUUCCUGACGUUGUUGCGAUGACUAAAGUUAUGAACGAGGCUUUACCGGUUGUGGAGUGUCAAACAAAGAACGAGAUAAAUAGUUGUGAAGUUGCGAUGAAGAUAAACGUACUACCUAACGCCGGACAUAAUGAAAAAGUCGAGGUUGAAACAUUAUCGCCGGCUGAAAUUGAAACAAAAGGCGUCUGCCCGGCGAUAAAGCAGUAUUUAUCGUCUGAAAAUUAUCUGGACAGUUCUCCAGAUAAAACGCAGCGCAUUGAAUCAAUUGAGAAACCAUCAGAUUCGGAUCUUUCUUUGAUCGAGAAAUGUGCGUCUGUUGACACGAAGAAAUCGUCAGAAGUCGAUUAUGUACCCUCUACAAAUCAAAUCGAAAGUCCAUUGGAGCAAUCAUUAGCAGAAGCGGAUGUUGUGAAACAAUUGACCGAAACACCGACUGAACAUGAUCACGAUUAUGCUAAAUAUACGCUGAAGGAAGAAGGAAUCACAUUGACCACGACUGAACUAUUCAUAAAUUCUGAGGAAGGUCCGCUAUCGGUUUCGGAAGAUAUUUUAGUGGAAGCCAAACCAGCGCUGAUUAUUCCGGAAGACGACAGCGUCGAGGAACUUACCGACACUGAAUCCAUCAAGGUGAUUCCCGAAACCAACGAGGAGAAAUUGGAAACCGAACUGGAAUUAGACAUUCCAGCAAAAGAGAUUCUGAUCUCAGAAAAAUCGAAAGAUAUGUUUAUUCCAGAAAACGCGACAGUUGAGCCAUCAAACAAAUUCGUUGAUGUAUCUGAUACUUGUACGAGAAACGAAAUGGAAGCGAUCAAUGAAAUUGAAAAGACGCUGCCAUGUCCACCUGAAGAUUUAAUCACAUUUAACUUUCAAAACAUAAGUACAAUCGAGACAGAAGUAAUUGAAAAAGAUCGUUUAACAUUGCCGGAAUUCUGUCCCUCAGAUGAUUUAGAAUCGGCGCACUGUUUGUCAUCAUUCGUCCCAGACGUUCCGGCGUAUUCUCUUUCUGAAAAGCACUCCAAUGAGCCUCACAUUUUAGGUCUCGUGGCUGAAUCCGAAAGCGUGCCAAUCUCCUUGGAAGAUCUACCUCCGGCGCCUGAAGACACGGGGACGCAGAACUUAGAUUCCUUUGAUUAUCCUUUACCACCGGAAGAACUUUCUUGUCCAUUAUUAUUGAUUCCUCCCACGAACAUGUCCGUAGCCGAUUUACCACCAGCUCCUGUCGAGCACGCGGUCAACUCAAGAGACCCGACAGAGACUCUCCUCACACCACCCACAAGUCCUAACUUCCAACAGUCCAGUGUCACACCCGGCAUCGCGACAGAAACCGCCACGAAAGAUUGCUCGCAAAUUCCCUCAGAUUACGAGGGUAAUAGCAGCAAUCGUGGGCAAUUGAUGUUGCUGGGCGAACCGCUGACGAUAUCAUGUAAUCAAUCGAACAUUGAGUUGAAGGAGAGACUGGCGGCCGAGUACGUAGCGAAGACCGAAAGCCAGGAAGAGGCCUUGUCGUGUCACUUGUCGAACUCCAUCCCGUUGGCUGCCGCCAAGGAGCAUCAUCAGAACGCCCCAGAAGUCGAGGCGCCGGUAGAAAACAAUAUCGGCCACGAUGCCAAUACGACGGAAAACGCCGAUGAAGCUCCCAAAGUUCCACCGCCAGCUAUUCCAACUGAGGCACCCGCCUCUCCGCCAACAGCACCGGCUAUCACUGAAGACGUCGCCUCGGUCACCAAGGCUAUUGAGGAGAUCGACAUAAGCGAUAAAGCAGUCGCGGCGGCAGUGAACGAAGCUAUCGAAUGCAACACGAAUGAAAUCAUCGCUGACGCGCACCAAAACAACAUAAACGAAUAAACGCCUAAUCGAAUUGUAUUUUGGAAAGAAGAAAGUUCUUUUCUCUCGUUAAAACCAAAAAAGUAUAUUAUAUAGAUAUGUAUAUUUGGACCAUUCCUGCAACAGAAAAUAACGUUCUUUCGUUACGAGCAGCAAAAGGGGAAAACGGGGCGACGACGACGAUGACGAUGAUGACGAUGACGACGAUCGCGGUAUCGCGAGAGCAUGUAGACUCUAUAUAGUAGGCCUAUUAAUUAUUAGACGGUGUUUGACGGCGGGAUAAACGAGAUUGCGUGCGUGAAAAUCUAUGAUCGUUUAUUUAACAACUAUUUACAUUCACGAGAUCCAUACAUUACGUGAACGUGUGAUUCUGCUGGAGGAACACAUGUAACGUUCUUGCACGAUCUCUUUCACUGAUUAAACACCCGUCACAGAUUAAACGCACAGAUUAAAUGCUCGUUCCAUUCUUUGUGGCGCGCGGGAAAAGUUUUAAAGCACUGAAACAGCUUUUGGAUCGAGUCCAGCCGCGGGUUACAAUGAUCGUCCCUGCUGUGUAGAAAUUUUUAAAGUAUCAUUAACUGUUACUGAAGUAAAGUCUAAUGCUCGAACAUCGCGCGACGGACGCAAGCGAUAGAAGCGAAUAAUUAAGAUCGUCAAGACGAUAAGGCGAGAAAUCGUUCGUCGCGCAUUCCAGAGGAAAUACUCAUUUGGAUGGCGCCCUCCCGUAAUUACAUAACUAUUGUACUCUAUGAAAGCGAAAGAGUGUGAACGAGAAUGAAAGAGAUGAAAGAAAGAGAGCAUGAGAGAGAAUGAGAGAAAGAGAGAGAGAGAGAGAGAAAGCCGAAAUAUAGAAAAGGAAAUAUAUCGAGAGGGCAGGCUGUGUGUGAUAUAGCGAUUGACGGUGUGAAAGGUGAAAGAGAAUGGUAGUGCGCGAAACGAGAGAUAAGGAUGCGUCUUCGCCACGGUGAGAACAGGAAAAAGAUGGAAAUACGCAAGCAAGAAAUUUGGAAGACGAAGGGAAGAUGAUUGUUCGAUGAUAUGCGAUAAAACUUCGUACGAAUAAAAAUCGCACUCACAUCGGCGACUUUUAUCAACGACUUCGAGGGCACCUGGCAUUGUUUUGCUCGUAUUUCCUUCGCGGUUUGGUUUUCCUUUUUCUGUUUACAUCUGUACAAUCGAGACGUUUUACGUUGUAACGAGGAACUGCACAUUUUUUAACAUAAUUUUGAUAGGCGCGCGCGCACAAAGGCGUUUGCGAGACACGCGGAGACACAUACACCAACACACGCAAAGAGGACAUUUACACCGUGUAUACGUAUAUACGUACCAUGGGACAUACGAAAUAAAGUAUAUACAGUAAGUCGAAAAAAAAAAACGAGAUAUAAGUGAUAUAUUAAUCUAGACUAUAUAGAGAGAAUGCGUUUGUGUAAAUUCGGCGUUUGUUCGAACAUUGCUACUUCUCCAUACGAGAGAGAACACUUAUGACGAAGCCUAUCGUAAUUUUUAUGAUAAUCAUUAAAAAAGUAUCGCCUAAUUACAGUUUACGAGACAUGCACAAUUUAUCACCCCGGAACGGUACCUUUGUCAAGUUUUCAUACGAUGUUUCUACGUUUCUACGUUUAUACGGAUCUCCAGAAGUAAAAAGAGUAAUUAUCUUAUCAAAGCUUUUUUUAUUAAGAUCGUAGCGUAGAUCAUAAAGUUGUAAACGAGAAGCGCAUUAUACACGUGUGACAAUGCUCCGAUAUCCGGUAAUAUCGAGCAUAAAAAAAGAAAGGAAUCGAGUCUUCACUCGUGUCCGUGACCGGCAUUAAUUUUUAAGCGGUUACAUACGUAUAAGGACGGGAAAGAAAUAAAGUUAAAAGUUGUAUAGUAAAAUCAUUCAUUAGAUACAUCUGUCCGUAAAAAUGAUCUUUACAACGAAAAAAGAAAAAAAAAUUCAGCGUCUUAAUAGGAAGACACGUUUUGGCGACGAGAGCGAACUUUUUAUCGAAAUUCUUCACGAGCGAACCGAGACUGAUAAUAUCCGUACAUCUAUACCAUUUUCUAGUGAUUGCUAUCACUCUGAGGCGCCGUCGAGGCAAACCUCGCUCGUUUAUUUAUUUUGCGCCGGAGACUACAAAAUUAUAAAUGAGAUCUUUGAAUCGAAACCGCCUCAGAUGCGAAAAUACAGUCUCCAGUAUCUUCGAGAUCAGCAGUUAUAAUAGUAACUAAACUAUUCUACAUUUAUCUAUAACCUAUAAUAAACUGUGAAACAAA